GACUCAUGCAGGUUCAAAGUGUUCGUUGGCACUCGAGUAUCGGAGAUACAAGAAAUGACAGAUCGGAAUGCUUGGCGGUAUGUGGACACUCACAACAAUCCCGCUGAUGAUAUAACUAGGGGGAAACCACUCUUAACACUGGCCCAACCUAACAGAUGGAGCCAAGGACCCUCUUUCCUCAAACAAAGCAUCGAGCACUGGCCGAAGAAACCUGAAUCUGGGACCCAGGAGAGCUUAUCAGAGGUGAAAGGCAUAACACUCUGCUGCCUUACGGUACUGGGGAGAAACUGCAUUACUCCAGAUGCAACUGAAUACGGAACAUGGAAAGAGCUAGUGGACGCUACCCAGAAGGCAUGUCAUGGGGCAGUUGCAGAGUCACUAGGGACCACUGACCAGCCAGUGAGUUAUCGAGAUGCAGAGUUACUGAUAUUAAAAGAGUGUCAAACUCAGAGCUUUCCAGAUGAGUUGGCUGCUCUCAGAGAAGGGAAACCUCUGCCAAAUCACAGCAGGUUGAGCAAUCUAGCACCUGAAUGGGAUUCUGCAAUGAAUAUUAUCAGAGUUGGGGGACGGCUGCGGAGACUACAGACUCUCAACAUGGACGAAGCCCAUCCGAUAGUUCUAGAUCCGCGACAUCCAGUGACACAGCUACUCAUCAAAGAGUUUGAUGAACGUCUGUUGCACCCUGGAGCUGAACGGGUAUAUGCUGAGAUUCGAAGGCAGUACUGGAUCUUGAGGGGUCGUCAAGCCAUUAGACAUCAUCAGAUUCACUGCCCCACCUGUCGGAAAUGGAGAGCUCAGCCAAAGGUGCCUCAAAUGUCUGACUUGCCACCAGAGCGUCUUCGUCUACUCUGUCCACCUUUCUUCUCCACAGGAGUUGAUUGCUUUGGGCCAUACUUAGUGAAGAUUGGCAGGAGGACUGAGAAACGCUGGGGUGCUAUCUUUAAGUGUCUCACUACACGAGCAGUUCAUAUUGAACUGCUCAGUUCUAUGGAUGCAGAUGCCUUCCUACUGUCCUUACGGCGCUUCAUAGCCAGGAGAGGGCGCCCAAAGGAAAUUCUUUCAGAUUGUGGCACAAAUUUUCGUGGGGCUGACCGUGAGCUUCGUGAAUCCUUUGCUGCACUUCACCCACAACUCAAGGCACAAUUGGCUGACUACCAGAUCCUCUUCAAAUUCAAUCCCCCAAGUGCUCCACACUUCGGGGGUACGUGGGAGAGAGAGGUUCGUUCUAUAAAGUCUGCUCUCAGAGUGGUUGUUGGAAGUCAAACCACCUCGGAGGAUGUUCUGCAUACUGUGCUGGUGGAGGUGGAAGGCAUCCUGAAUUCAAAGCCACUAGGCUAUGCAUCAACGGAUAUCGCUGAUCCUGACCCCAUUACGCCUAAUGUGCUUCUCAUGGGGCGGCGGGAUGCCUCCCUGCCACAAGUUGCUUAUGCACCGGCUGAUAUGGGGCGGCGGAGAUGGCGGCAUUGUCAGAACAUUGUAGACCAGUUUUGGGUUCAGUUUGCACGUCAGUAUCUACCCUCACUCCAAACUCGCCAUAAGUGGCAGAAGCAGUCUGAAAACCUGACCGUGGACUCAGUAGUCAUGAUAGUUGAUCCACAACUACCCCGAGCUCAGUGGCCUAUUGGUAGGGUCACUAAGACCAUAACUAGCCAGGAUGGAUGUGUCAGAACAGCGGACGUCCUUGUAAAAGGCAAGAUCUACACAAGACCAGUUGCUCGCCUAAUUCAGCUUCCAAAGAUUGAGGAUGGUUCUGACGAUCUCUGAAGAAUUCUCUCUAUUGCACAUUUGCUUCUCAACUGUGGGGGCGGCUGUUGUGAAUUCUUCAUAUUGGACAUUCACUGGUAAAAUAAUUAGUGUUUGGUCUAGCUACUUACAAUCUGCAGUGCUUGUUCUGCUCAGUACCUCAUGGACAUUUAUGUUUAGAGGAGGACUUUUAUUUUGAUGCACGUACCUGUUGCUGCUAGAGUCACAGGCAGCAGUUAGCAGUCAGAGACGAUAAAAUGCUACUGUUGUCAAUGCUACUGAGGCUGUUCAUUUAUAUCAGUAAACUAAUUAAAUCAUC